UUGGUUAUACAAUUAUUCGGUGUCACUUUAAACCGGUGAGGAGGUGUUUUACAGUAUGUAUUUGAUGCAAUGAUAGAAGGUCAGGAAACGCUUAGCUAAACUGCACGAAACUUCGCAAUAAAUCAUUAUUGAAGACACCAAAUGAUUCAACUGCAAGAUUAAACGAAAUAGUACUCUUGCUUAAAGUGAAUGCCAUAUUUAUUCGGGGAGAUUGUUCUCGUACAUUUUGCGCUAAACAUCGUGGCUAGUCAGCAAGCAAGUGGUAGCCAACAGUAGCUAGCCUACAGUAGCUAACCAAUUAUUUUUGGACACUGACUGAUCGAGGAACAAGAGGUACCGGUAGCUGACAGCACGCACACGUUUUCCCAAUGGCUGUGUCAAAAUGCACCAGGCUGAACGGUCCCUUGAUAAAGCAAAUGUUCGAUUCUGUGGACAGUGUCCUCUUCGACUGUGAUGGUGUCAUCUGGCGAGGGGAUCAGACCAUCCCUGGCGCCCCUGACGUUAUCAACCUGCUCAAGAAGAAUGGAAAAAACGUGUUUUUCGUCACCAACAACAGCACUAAAACUAGAAAGAUGUAUGCAGACAAACUGGCAUUGAUGGGAUUCAACGCAACUGAGGAUGAGGUGUUUGGAACGGCGUACUGCUCAGCAAUGUAUCUAAAACAUGUAUCCAAACUACAGGGCAAAGUGUAUCUCAUAGGAAGCAAUGCAAUGAGGCAGGAACUAGAAAAGGUUGGGAUCCAGCAGACAGGUGUGGGGCCUGAUCCAAUAUCAGGUGUCCAGAUCGAUUGGGCAAACGUGCCCCUGGACCCUGAGGUGAAGGCUGUGGUUGUUGGGUUUGAUGAGCACUUCAGUUACAUGAAACUGAACAGAGCCCUGCAGUACCUUAACAACCCUGACUGUCUACUGGUGGGAACCAACACUGACACCAGACUGCCCCUGGAAGGAGGCAAAGCUGUCCCAGGGACAGGCUGUAUCCUGAAGGCUGUGGAGACCGCAGCCCAACGCCAGGCCCAGACGGUGGGAAAGCCCAACCACUUCAUGUACGACUGUGUGGCCAGCCAGUUCGGCCUGGACCGCGCCCGCUGCCUUAUGGUGGGGGACCGGCUGGACACGGACAUCCUGCUGGGGUCCAACUGUGGCCUGAAGACCCUGCUGACCCUGACCGGGGUGUCCACUGUGGCCGACGCUGAGGCCCAUCAGGAGAGUGGCUGUCCAAAACGCCUUGGGAUGGUGCCUGACUACUACGUAGAGAGUAUUGCAGAGCUCCUGCCUGCUCUACAAGGAUAACCAAUCAGGGCGUGGAAAAGAAAAAUAGGUUUUUAUCUCAAUGAGACUUCAGCCUUGAUAGAUGAUAAUUAAAUUAAUAUUGAUUAAUUAUAGAAGACCGUUAAGGACUGUGUGCGUCUGAAAACCCAGGCUUGUUUCCAGGUUACGGAUGUGAAAAUUCAGGAAGGUGCAGAGAAUUAAUCAACUGCUCCGAUAAUACUAAGACUGCAGCAAAACAAACCUAUAUUAAAGUUAUUUUAACUACAGUAUGCUAUGGCUGAAUAGAUAUUCAAGAUUUACAGCAGGUGUAGCCGACUCCUCCUGGAGAGCUACUGGGUGUGCAAGCCUUUGUUCCAGCCCUGCUGUAAUGCACCACGUAGAUUCAGCAGCAAAAAAGGAAACAAAUCACAGGGCUGGAACAAAAGCCUGCCCAGUACACCCAGUAGCUCUCCAGGACGAGGGUAAGCCACUCCUGUUUUCCAGUGUUGAUAAAUUAUUUAGAUUCAAAUUAGUUGUUCAGGAAAUGGUAGAGAAAAGUAUAUGUGUUGUGUGUGGGUUAAAAGGAUGAAGGCCUAUGCAAGGCCUGUAUUCUUUGCUCAAUAUCCCUCUGUAGCAAUGAUCUCAAACACAGUCAGAGGAAAUGUGUACACACUCCUUUUGGGUAUUUCCCUUAUCUGUGUGCAUACAUUUGAAAUCACAUGGCACUCAAUAUUUAUCUAAGGCAGAGAGCUAUGCAGAAAUACAGUAAACUGGAGUGCACUGACAAUUCAUCAGGAAUUAUAUAUCUUAUGUUGUCCACUGUCAUGUUCACUGUACCAAUGCUGUGUUUAUUGCCAUUUACUUUACCCAUUCACCUGAGGGAGUAGACUUAAACUGGGUUAUACUCUUAUAUUGUAUCCUGAUGUAUUGUAAAUGUAAAAAUAGAGCUACCUUUUGUUCCCAUUCAAUUAGAAGGUUAUGGGUUUGCGCAAUAAUCAAUGAUCUUCUUAAGUGUGUUUUAAUGUAACAUGUCAGUCUUAGUUACUAAGUGUCUAUAAUACAUUAAAAAGAUUGUCUGUACUGUCAAUACAAUAAUCAAACUACUGUAUCAUCCUCGUUCCUUGAUAACAGUAUUCACCUUAACUCAAGUCACUCAAACUGAUAAAAAAUCAAUAAAAAAAUCAAAGCCUA